UCGAAAAAGGUAUCGAAAUAACUUUUUUACAAAAGAAUUCGUAAUAUAGUGUGCAAACCACUCUGGAAUGGAUUAAUAUGCAAAGACAUUUACAGCUUUGAAACGAAUGCAAGACAUUUACAAGCAAUUUUAAAAGAAACGUAAGUAGUGAGUAUAUUUUCAGAAGGAAAUGGACUUUUAUUCUGUAUUCAUUCUCCAGGAUGUGGUUUAGCGGCACGGCUUGUUUUUGCCGAAAAGGGUUAAGGAGAUGAUUUCAAUUUGGGCCGGUCCAGUUGAUAUUUUCUGUCCUGAGUUAUACAAACGAGUGAUUUACAAACAGAACCAGUUAGUAGCAGAAAGAGUUAAGCAUCUGUGUAAAUAAUGUUGCGGUGUUAUAUCCGGAAAGCUUGUCAGGAUUAGCUAAAGAUCGGUAGAAACUGAAGCUACAGUAGCUAGGUUAGGUAACUAACAGGGUUCAGCAUUUUCUAAAACCUAUGGUUUUUUGUAACGUAGACCAACCACAGAUUUUCUGGACUAAAGAAAACCCCGUUGUCUAUUGAAGCCUGACCAGAGAUGUUUUGGGCUGAAGACCAGCAGUGUUAGCUAGGUUAACAUUCCCGAAAAGCUUUAAUCUGCCUUUCAGUGCUUUGUUUAUAACUCGGGAUAGAUUCAUAUGUUCACAUCUAUGCAGAUUCGUCUACAUCCAAGUUAUUUGAGAAAACCUCGCUAAUUGCCUGGCUACCUCGCUAAAGUAACUCGCUUGUUAUGUUGACAUGCAUAACAUGGACAAAGGGGAUCAGGAGAGACAAACGAUGGACGAAAAACUAGAUUCAUUCAUCUCUACACAGCCUGCUCAGACUGAUUUGCAGGUUUCAAGUGAUGUCAUCCCAUCAGAAAAUGAUGCUGACCCUAUUGUAGAGGAUAUUUUUCCUGAUGAGGGAGGGGACAGGACAGUUCAGAAUCUAAAUGGACACACUGAGGUUCAUUUGGGGGACAUUACUUCAGAAGAUGCAACACAAUUGCAAGCAGUUCCUUUGGACAUUCAAAAGGAAGAGAUUACAGAUUUUGACAAAUCUGUCAGUGCUGGCAUGUCAGAGACAGAUUCUGGUAAAGUGUCUGAAGACUCUGCUCUAGUUGACAACGGCCACGAUGACUCUGGUGAGUUUGUAGUGGCCAUGUUAGCUCGGGGGAAGCUGGAGGAACAGGGGAUGGGUUUAAAGGGCACGUCCUCACCCCUCUCUGAAACAGGCACUGCCCUUGGGGCUUCAUCUCACCGUGAUGAAGAUGUAACCACAGAGAACUGGCGGCAGCACCGUAAGCAUGUGUUUGUGCUUAGUGAAGCAGGAAAACCGAUCUAUUCUCGCUACGGCAGUGAGGAGGCUCUGUCUUCCACUAUGGGAGUCAUGAUGGCUCUGGUGUCCUUCGUUCAGAGUGGAGACAAUGUAAUUCGUUCUGUUUACUCAGAUGAGCACACGGUGGUGUUUAUGCAGCAGGGCCCACUGGUGCUGGUUUCCGUCUCCAGCAGCCGUCAGUCUGAGCAGCAGCUGCGGGAUGAGCUGCUUUACGUGUAUAACCAGAUUGUUAGCAUGCUGACACAGGCUAGUAUCACGCGCAUAUUUGAGCACAAGAAGAAUUACGAUUUGCGGCGCCUGUUGGCUGGCUCAGAGAAGAUUCUGGACGGCCUGCUGAACCUAGUGGACUCAGACCCAAGCUUUUUGCUCUCAGCCAUCCACUGCCUGCCGAUUUCUUCUUCUUUCAGGGACUCUCUCAGCCAGAUUCUGCAGAAGGCCAUCACUCCAAACCUGGUUUUCUCCAUCCUCAUAGCUAAAAACCAGCUGCUGACUAUCGUCCAGGAGAAAAUGGUCAUUGAAGAUGCCCGGCUUGACCCUGCUGACCUCCAUCUCCUACUCAACCUCAUUGGCGCCUCGUCGGCCUUCCAGGCUGGAGAAAUCUGGACCCCGAUCUGUCUCCCUAGCUUCAACCCGGACUGUUACUUUUACGCUUAUAUUUCAUAUCUGGACCCACCCGACUGCACUGUCUGCCUGCUGCUGCUGUCCACGGACAAAGAGGCAUUUUACGCUGUGGCAGAGUGUAAAAGAAAGAUAGAGGAGGCCAUGCUGGCCCAGAAUGCUUUGAGCUCCAUAGCCAAAGCCCAGUCCUACAGCGUCAGCCAGGUGGGGGUGUCUGAUCUAAGGCAUUUUAUGUACAAACCCUUUGAUGUCCCGGACAACCACCGCCAGCUAACACAGUUCACCAGCCCAGAGAUGGAGGCCCCAUAUAGUAGUGAUGAGGAGAAACUGAGGCUGCUGGACUUGUACAGAGAUUUACACAGCCGAAUACACAGUACCUCACGCCCACUCAAACUCAUCUACCAUGUCGCUGAGAGAGAGACGCUGCUAGCUUGGGUUACAAGCAAGUUUGAGUUGUAUACAUGCUUCAGUCCGCUUGUGACAAAGGCCUGCGCUAUUAAUGCCAUCACAAAGUUGCUGCGGUGGGUAAAGAAGGAGGAGGACCGGCUGUUUAUUCGGUACCCACCAAAAUAUUCUACCACCCCCAACCCCAAAAGCUCCAGAGGUAAGAGCAGUCAGGUGGACUCUGCAGAUAACGGCUCCCUGCCUGUCCUCUAAGGAGCAGCAUGGUCCUGUCUUACUCCAGUGACCUCUACUGACCCCAUUCACCCAACCACCCCUACUGACCCCUAACACUGUCUGCGUUUCAGAUACACAGAGACUGUCGUGAACGUCAUGGAUCUGACCGCGGUACUAUGCCCAAAUCCACGGCAGCACUGUGGAAGACUAGCAUCUUUCAAUUCAGUAACCAGAACUCAAAUGCUCAGUUUGUGAAAAGAAUACUUCAGUAUCUUUCUUCCUAAUCUACUGAAUUAUACAGAUUUACAGGUUAUUAAUGCUUUUGAUCAAAAGAAUUCAUGAAAGUGUUCUACAAACAUGUUUUACAUAAACAUUUACAGACAGGAUUCACUAACUGCCUAUUAACUUUGUUUUCUAAAUAUAGAAUGCAGACUAAAUACACAUGAAAAAGCUAUUAAAAUGAUCAUUGACCAUGCGCAGAUAGAGAUUAGGCUGAAACUGGUGUAUUCUUUUAAUGUUUAGGAUAUUAUUGUCAUUAAAUUAGACGUAGUUCAAAAUAUUUCAGUGAGCUCAAGAAAGAAUGAGGUGUUGAUAGACUGGAUUUUGUACAUGGAUUUGUUUUGUUGAAAUCAUAAUCCAAACACUUUUAUAUAUAGCUCAAACUCUAGCAAAACUAGAGAGGCUAUUUAACAUUCUUCUUACUAAUUCAAAUCAUGGUGUACCCCUAAAGUACUGUGGCACAGUGCAUCAAAGAGGUGUAUUUGAAUUUCAAAAUAAUUUUGAUUGAAUUACUGCCCCAAUCUAAACUCGGUGAGUUUAAGGCUGAACUAUACCUGAAAAUUCCAAAAAUUUCUAGACACCUGCUCAUUCAACUGUUCUUCUGAAAUCAAGGGUAUUAAUUGGAAGUUUGUCCACAUGGUCUGCAGUAACAGCCUCUGCUCUACUGAGGAGGCUUUACAUUAGAUGUUGGGAUUUGAUUGCAUUCAUACAAAUCCAUACAAAGAUUAGUGAGAUCGGGGAGGUACGGAUGUUGCAUGUUCUUGAUCCCAAAUGCCACUCCAACUCAUCCAGAUGGUUCUCAGCCCUACAAAGAAUGCAUUUCUGCUUCUCUACAGCUGAAAGCUGGUAGUUUUGUAGUCCUCAAGCAGAUGCUUGUCAUUGAGCGCAUGGCCUUAGGCUCAUGAAUGACUGAUGCAGAGACUCCCAUUCUGUUGGCAGUGCUCCAAUUGUGGAGAUUAUGUGUGCAAUUGAAUGCCUAUCAUGUGGCUGCACCUUAAAGUUGCUGAAUGCACUAAUUAAAAGAAGUAUCUGGAUAUUUUUGGACAUGCAGUGUAUUUGUUCACAAACAUUGUCCACAUGCAUCGUUUUCUUACAUAAAGGAGAGUUUGAUGCAAGAGCCUACUGUUGGAAAUAAUGAUUCCAUCUGGUCACAUUGUUCAUAUAUGACCAGAUACGACCACUAUUUCAUAAGAUUGCCCAAAUUUGUGCUCCCAUUUCCAAACCAAAGACCUUCUCUUGUAGCAUAAAUGAGUAAAAAUUGAUCCUUUGCAACUGUAGCUAGAACUUGCUUACAGAUAAAAAGUAUUUAGUUACAACUACCUUGGUACUUGUCAUUAAGUACCGUAUUUGUUCUUGAAAUGUUUUGUUUCAUUUUUUUUUCUUCUACUGUGCAACUGAAACGGGUCUGAUGAGUUUGAUAACUGCUUAUUCCAGUUUAAACUGAAAAAUAACUUAUGGUUUUAUGAUAUCAAGUGUAUUUAAUUUUCUUUUUGACUUCUUGUCACUUCAUCUCAGUCUUAUGGUGUGUUUUGCUAGUGUAAAUUGCUAGCAAUAGUGCAUUCUGUUAUUUACCACAGUUACAUUACACUUCUGGCAUGUACAAACAGACAAAACACGUUUAUAACAUUAAAUACUUCAAGCCAUAAUGACGAGUGGCUGAAAGAGUAUUUUUUUUUUUGUGCUUGACCAACGUUGACUGGAGACGUUACAUGAAAAAGAUAAACCAUGGAAACAGUAAUGCAGAAUACGUGUUCUCAAUGUUUUCUCUUCUGGAACCUCUGGGUCUGUUCUCAACACUUCAGUUGAGAAGAUUGGUGCUGUAAUAAAUCUUUAGGUUGCUCAA